UGGGUACUAUACAAUAAAAUUAAUUUAUUUUGUGAGAUAUUACCACAGGGCACAGAAUAUUCAGUGAUACUACCGCCUUAUCAGAAAGUUAGAAAGUGAUAAGUGGCACAUUACUGGGAGCUAACAGUUUUUUUUAUAUUGUUUAAAUAUCUUCAAAUUAUGAUGAAGUUUAAAGGAUUAUUCCGAUCACAAAUAUUUCCUAAGUACAAAUUGGUAUUCAAUAAAACAAUGUUUAUCCGGUCAACAGACAAGCCGAAUGCAAAAUCACUAACAAGUCUUAACAAGUCCCAGCCGUAUACCAAAUAUUUUGUCUUAGAUUUUGAAGCCACUUGUGACAAUGGGGCUCAUUUACUAAAACCUCAGGAAAUAAUUGAAUUCCCAUGUAUACUGGUAGAACUUAAUACAGUCAAAGGAGGUUUUGAAGUAGUAUCAUGUUUUCAUUCAUACGUUAAACCUAUAAUUCAUACACAGUUAACAGAAUAUUGUACAGAGUUGACUGGUAUUACACAAGAUAUGGUCAAUAAUAGCCCACCAUUUGAUGAAGUAUUCUCUAAUUUUUGCAAUUGGCAUAAUGAUCAUAUAAAUAUGGAAAAAGAAAAAUCUAUCAUUGUAACAUCAGGUAACUGGGACAUUGGUAACAUGUUUGUUGAACAGUGUAAAUUGUUUCCUUCAACAAUAACAAUUCCAGAGUUCAUGUGUACUUGGAUAAAUAUUAAAAAGUUGUUUGCUCUGACAAUGGGACAAUAUCCAUUAGGUAUAAAAAAUAUGCUGAAGACAACAAAUUCAAAACAAAUUGGUAACAUUCAUUGUGGAAUUGAUGAUUGCGUUAACAUUAUUACCAUUAUGAAUCAAUUAUUACAACGAGGUUGUGUAUUUCAAGCUACUAAUAAAAUAACCAGUGUAUAAAAUAUAUUUUGUAUAAUAUACUAUGACAUAAGUAAAAUUGAAAUAAAUAAUAGAAUUUUAAUUUAAUUUAUAUUUUACCUAAUUUUUUUAAUAUUAAUCAAUUAUGAAUGGAUUCAAGUGCUCAACAUUUAAGUUUGUUGUCUAAACUUGAAGAUGAGAAAUUCUUAAUUUUUAGUUUUUAAGUUUAAGCAUAGACAUAUGUACUAGUUGGAAAUAUUAAAUAUAUUAUAUAUAUAUAUUAUA